CGGAGUGGAAAUAUUGUUACAGGAAAAUUGCAAGUUCGCAAUUUCUGAUUUGACCACUUGCAUUUGUUUCAAGAACCGAAUACUUCACGCUGAUAUAUAGCAUUUCAUUCACGGAUUCGCCCGUUUACCAUCCGUAAUUCAAACAAUCCCAACCCUCGACGGGCACUGACUCCCUUCCCAACUGCGACUUCCCAUGACAAGCCACCGCGACAUUUGACAGCUCGACGUCAUUCGGCUUCUCGUAGGUGGAGGUGGGGUGUUGAUUUUUUGGACACUUUGCGCGGCUGCGGAAAAAUUGUCAAUCAGUCUUGUGUCUAUCCCGUGAAGAAAACCAGUCGAGCCUGGCGAAAGUCCUCCGUCACACCUGUCUGCAUCGGAAUCGCUUCCUUCCCCGACUCGAACCGCGGCCACUAUCGCGCGGUCCAAACUCGAAAUCCGCCGCGAACAACCUUGCCAAGAUAGGAUUAGUAAAUUGCAGAAGAAAAAAAACGCCUCGAACUGUGUAGUGCACGCGCCGAGCGAUGUCGAAGAAUAAAUUAAAUUUGACGCUGCCGCCGGGGUCGGUGGAUCCAACAGUUGGCAACCAAGUGGUCCCCACGCCGCCGUUCAAGACGCCAUCGGGAACAGAUAAUUCAAGAAAACAUAGCUUGCUCGGGAAACCCAAGACGAGCAUCGAGGCGCUCACCGAGACGCUGGAGGAGCUCGAGAUGGACGACACAGCACGAAGGCGGAUCAAAGUCUUCCUCAGCCUCAAAGAGAAGAUUGGUGAACUCAGCGACGAGGACCUGGAGAAGUUGGGCGAGCUGGGCUCGGGUAAUGGAGGGGUCGUGAUGAAGGUGCGGCACAUCCCGACAGGACUUAUUAUGGCGCGUAAGCUGAUCCACCUCGAAGUGAAACCGGCGAUCAAGAAGCAGAUCAUCCGCGAGCUGAAGGUCCUGCAUGAGUGCAACUUCCCGCACAUUGUCGGCUUCUACGGUGCCUUUUAUAGCGACGGCGAGAUCAGUAUUUGCAUGGAGUAUAUGGACGGCGGCUCGUUGGACUUGAUCCUGAAACGAGCCGGCCGCAUCCCGGAGAAUGUGCUCGGGAAGAUCACGCUGGCCGUGCUGAAGGGACUGAGCUAUUUGAGGGAUAAACAUGCAAUCAUGCAUCGCGAUGUAAAGCCCAGCAAUAUUCUGGUGAAUAGCAGCGGCGAAAUAAAAAUCUGUGAUUUCGGAGUGUCGGGGCAGCUGAUCGACUCAAUGGCCAAUUCCUUCGUCGGGACGAGGAGUUAUAUGUCGCCCGAACGUCUCCAAGGCACUCACUAUUCAGUUCAAUCCGAUAUCUGGUCACUAGGUCUAUCGCUAGUCGAAAUGGCGAUCGGUAUGUAUCCUAUUCCACCGCCCGAUGCCAAAACCCUCGAAGCAAUUUUCGACGAGAAGAAAAACGACGACGGGAGCAAAUCGACCGUAGAACCGAAAACAAUGGCAAUAUUCGAACUGCUCGACUAUAUUGUCAACGAACCACCACCUAAGCUGGAACACCAUAUAUUUACCGACGAAUUUAAAGAUUUCGUCGAUAUAUGUCUGAAGAAGAAUCCCGACGAGCGAGCGGAUCUCAAAACGCUACUGAACCAUGCAUGGAUACGUAAAUGGGAAAUCGAAGAUGUCGAUAUAGCCGGAUGGGUCUGCAAAACGAUGGAUUUGCCACCAUCAACGCCAAAGAAGAACACAUCGCCCAACUGAAUCAAUUAGACGCCAUCGUAUGAAAUUGGUGCGAAAAACAACUUAUCCUACACUAUCCUACCAGUGAGGGUGAACGGUGCAUCAGUCAAUUCCGACGAACUGUAUUCAUGUGUACAACUAAUGAAAGCAUUUUCCGUUUUUCUACUCUUUUGUAAAUUUAUUUAUCAUUGCAAAGUUGCGUUUCUCGGAAUUCACUGAAACUUUCAGCAUCUCACGAUACAGUGUACGAUUUGUAUGAAGUUUUGUCGAUUUUUCUCUAGUUGUAAGGAAACGAAUCAGCUGUUAUUAUUAUUUUACACAAAUGUAUGUAAUAGGAUAGACUAGGAAGGGAGGAUGAGAUUUCUUGUUUAGUACUUUGAAGUUAAGUGAAAAAAGAUGCAAAUAAAAUAUUAUGCCUGAAGA